CCAGCAUCACAAUCAACAAUCCAACACUUCAAUCUAAACCUUAAUCUCUAAUCACCACCAACCAACCAACCAACCAACCAACCAACCAACCAACCAACCAACCAACCAACCAACCAACCAACCCCCACCAAACUCAUUCAAAAUGGUCAACUUCACCCGCGCCGCUGCUGCCCUGGCCCUCGCUGCCACCGCCACCGCUGCCCCCACCAACGCCACCACCAGCCUCACCUGGGAUGUCAAGGACUUUGACUUCCACGCCGACUACGUCUUCACCACCCCUGCCCACCAGAACAGCUACGGCCAUGUCAGCUUCUCCUUGACCUCCGAGAAGACCGGCGCCGUCUACAGCUGCGGCGCCCAGUCCAGCCAGAUUCCCGACUUCUUCUACGACUUCAACGACUUCUACCCCUGCUCUGCUCCCAAGGGCGCUGUUGAGGGCACCGAGAGCUGGGCCAGCUUCAAGUACAACCGUGAGGAUGGCAAGGUUACCGUGCGCGAGACCCUUUAUGCCCCUGACAACAAGUCUAUCACCGCUACUGGCUCCACCAUCGUCAAGACCACCUGCACCGACGAGUCCACUGGCCCCAACCCCAACUGGACCAUUGGCCAGAACUACUCCGAGCGUCACAUUGUUUGCGACAAGACCGACUUCACUGUCACUGGCACCGUUUCUGCUUAAGCGGAUUUCCUUCCUUGGCGCUGUCAGCCUAGCCUAGCCUAGCCUAGAGCUAUCUAGCUAGCGACACUCGAGUAGUAGUAGUAGUAUGGGGAUGAGAUGGAGAUGUUGGGGUAUCAUAGAAAGAAGAAAUGUUAAUGGAAGUUGUGGGGAAUGAGGAAUGAGUUGGAAGAAGUUAUAGACAAAACAGAUACAGAUAUAGAUCCGCUGCCAUUAUCAAAAUACAGACAUUAAUUGGCAAGCCAGUCUUAUUUUCAUUUGCUGUUGUCAUGACUUACUUGUCUUGACUACCUCUAGCUGUAAGAA